CUGCAACAAAGACACACUUUAUUAUUUGUUUCAGAAGGCCACUUAAAAUACAGUUUCAAUUAUACAAAUAUACAAUUUCAGUCAUAAAGUCUUUCAAAACUUUAUUUCCCUUACUGAGAAUUUCAGUUCAUGUUCAGUAGCUUACAACCUACUGGAGUUCCAUGCACAGUCCACCAAAAACAGCUGACAUUUGUAGAAAGGAGAUAGCAAGGACUGCAGAUGCUUGAAGUCAAAAGUUGAUAAAAUGUGGAGCUGGAGGAACACAGCAGGUCAGACAGCAUCUGAGGAGCAGGAAAGUCAACGUUUCAGGUCGGGAUCCUUCAUCAGAUAUUUGCAGAAAUUCCUCCACUCAGUUUGGAUCGUGCAGAUCUACCAAUGUUAUCCUCAAGUAACAGAAACCACACCAGUCAUAUUUUGCUUAUUCUCAGCUUCUAGAUCUAGCCACUGCCUUCUUUAGCCUGCCUGCGCACAACCAGUGGACUCACCAAAUUCUGAGCUUUGAGGCAUGUGUACUUUUGUAUGUUACAUCCAUUUUUAGUCUUCCCAGAAGUCUUAUCACUGUUUCAGUUUUUGUUUCCUUAGGUGCUGGAAGGGAGUUUCCUUGCCUAGUUUCUCUUUUCAGUUAGAAUCUGUCUCAAACAAUCCAAGCUUUGCAAUCAGAUUUCAUCACAGCAUUUUGUGGCCUUAUGUCAACCUUCAUACAUUGUAGUUCCCACAUUCUUUCUGAUGGUAGAUGCUGAGAAUGGAUAGUUGAGUGUUUCUAACGAUGAAGAGGUGGAAAAGGUUGUUGUGUGGGGUGGCGACCCAUAACCUGGAAAAUUGAUGAACUGCAUUUUUUUGUUCACUGAGAAAAGUGGAGCGUUACUUACUCUUCUUUCUAUCUAUUUCUGGAUAGCCAUUCAACAAAAUGACUUUCCAUCUUUGUCUGUCCUUUUGUCUCCUGUUAUCCCUCCUCACAUUUACAUAUCUCCUGUUUGCCACCAAACACUUCACUGGUCAUUCUAUUUUCAAUGCAGAAUGAAGAACCAGUAAAAUUUGCAAUUGACACAUACUGGUCUGAUUCAUCUUGUACACCAUACCUCAAAAUAGAGCUCCAGUAUAACCAGUAGAUUCAUUUUCAAGAUUCUUUAUUCUUUCUCAUCUUUCCCAAAUAAAAAAAAUUAUAAAAAAAUUCAUCUGUAUUAUAAUCUGGUCCUGUGCAAGGUCCAAGUCCUGAAAAUGUUGACUUUUGUUACCUUGAGUAUUUGUUACAAUGAAUAUUUCUGGCCUGACUUUUGUGUCUGUUUAAAAAUGUGACCAUAACACACUGGAGCAUAAAACCAGGUAAAAAAAAACACACUACACCAGGUUAUAGUCCAACAGGUUUAUUUGAAGACACAAGCUUUCAGAGUCUCUUGUGUUUCCAAAUAAACCUGUUGGACCAUAACCUGGUGUCGUGUGAUUUUUGACCUUGUUCAACCCAGUCCAUCACCAGCACCUCCACAUCAGAGCAAAAAUAAGCCACCAAGAUCAUGGCUGAGCUAAUGAUCCUCGACUCCACUAUUGUCUCCCCAUGACCCUUGAUCUCCUUACUGAUGAAAAAAAGCUGACCCUUUCAGCCUUGAAAUAUACAUAACGACGCAGCCACCACAGCUUUUCAUUUUGUUUUGCGAUUGGAUAACCGCAUCUUAAACACAAAGAUGGUAGCAGUUGGCAUUGGAAAGGCCUCUAGUGAGGCCUGGACUGGACUGGGAGCUGCUCCUGGUAAAUUUCUAUUCAACGCACUUCACUGACGAUGAGGGUGAAAGUGGUGGCGGCCGACGCCGAGUUUCAGCCCGAGUUGACCAACGCCGGCUGCAGGUUAACGGUGGUGAAGUUCACCAUGAAAGGAUGUGGACCAUGUGUGAGAAUAGCUCCAGCUUUCAGUGCAAUGAGUUCCAAAUACCCACAUGCUGUCUUCUUGGAGGUUGAUGUACAUCAGUGUCAGCAAACAGCAACAGCCAACAACAUCACAGCAACACCAUCAUUUUUAUUCUUCCGAAAUAAAGUAAGAAUUGACCACCUUCAUGGAGCAGAUGCCAAUGGAUUAGAAGAGAAAAUCAAACAGCAUCUGGAAAAUGAUCCUGGAAUUGAAGAUCUGGACAUUCCCAGAGGAUAUAUGGAUUUGAUGCCUUUUAUAAAUAAGGCUGGGUGUGAAUGUCUUAAUGAAAGUGAUGAAUAUGGAUUUGACAAUUGUCUACAAAAAGACACAACAUAUUUGGAAUCUGAUUGUGAUGAACAACUUCUUGUGACAAUAGCAUUUAACCAGCCAGUCAAGCUUUAUUCAAUGAGACUUCAAGCCCCUGACAAUGGCCGAGGUCCCAAAUUUGUAAAAGUAUUCACCAAUUUGCCACGCUCAUUUGAUUUUGAUGAUGCUGAAAGAAGUGAACCAACCCAAACCCUGGAGUUAACACCAGAAGACCUCCAAGAGGAUGGAGUUGUGCCAUUGCGCUAUGUCAAAUUUCAGAAUGUUAAUAGUGUAACACUUUUUAUCAAAUCAAAUCAGGGUGACGAGGACACCACAAGAAUUAACUACCUUGCAUUUAUUGGAACCCCUGUGCAAACAACAAACAUGUUGGAUUUUAGGCGGAUUGCUGGAAAGAAAGGAGAAAGCCACUAGCUGAAUGAAGGAAAUACUGCAAUGUCGAUUGUGUGUUGAUUCGACCACACUUGGCCAAUACUAUUUUCUGGAUUCUUGCAAUGUCAUCAAUACCAUGACUCUUGAUUUGGUUCCCUAAAGUCUCUUGCUUCCAGACUUCCAAGCAAAUCAUUGUUCAGUUCAAAAUAUUUUGUGGAUUAUUCUUGAUUGUGAUGAACUGGUUUAAUUAUUUUCUGCAACAUGAAAAUUAGUCGUUCUGGAAGUCAUCUUGGGAUGCACCUGAAAGUUAAAGUUGUGCAAUUAACCUUGCUGUAAAACUAGCCAACUUAAAUAUGGUGAUACUUUCCAGAUCUUUGUGGAUUCCAAUGGUAAGCUGGUAGCUGUUUCCUCUAAAUUGAAGAAAUAUAAACAUGACUGCAUUUGCUGUCUGUUAAUUCUAAUGCUAAUAGUCUUGGAUAAUUAAAAUAAUGUUUACCUA